AUGGAAAAAGCCAGCACUGGUUUAGACAAACUAGGCACUCAGGAUGGAGAUACUUAUGACCCCUUUUCAGAUGAAGCACAAGAGAUGAUGAUGAAGCGAGCAGCAGUAGCCUCAAUAAAGAGGUCUUCUCACAUGAGUCAGCUUCCUGCAAUGGAUGCUUAUAUUAGCAAAUCUAAAACAGAAAAGGAAUUUAUAAUCGGAGACGGCAGUGACUCAGACGAGGAGGAAAAGAUUGAUACUUCUAGCAAAGUAGAAGAUGCAAUCAGGAAGGGAUCUUACGACUAUACCUGUCCUGAAGACUCUAAUCUUAAUACUGAAAAUGAAUCCUCAGCACGUGGCAGUAAAGAAUUAAAAGAUAAGCCCCUGAAAAGUCCUUCGACUUUACCGACUGAGAACAGUGAGAUGGAGGAGGAAAAGAAAGUGGUAUCUUUCCAAAUACCGAAACAUUCAUUCGAUAGGAUUUCAGGAGAUUGAAUAGAGACUGACGAAGAUCAAGAACAAUAUCAUAAAUAAAUUACUAGCAGAGGUAGUCUCAAAUGCAUUCGGAAGGCAGAUCAAAUCCUUCAGUGUUAUUGGAGAUGUAGAUGAAGAAGCUCCAAUAGCCCCUGAAAACAGAGUAACAGCCCAAACAGAAGGAAUGGAAGAGGCUUUAGGAAUAGAGAAGGGCAGCAAAGUUUAUUCGUUGGUCAAAAAGUUUGUCGUCAAUCUUAAGAAGCGGGUUAAGAAUAUCAAGAUGAAGAAGAACGUCAUCCAAGAGAUGGUACACACUGAAAAGACUUAUAUUAAAGGUUUGGAGAGAUUAAUAGCUUGGAGGGAUGAAUGCCUAGAAAAUAAAUUUACAAAAAGCAGUAAUAUCGAAAUCCUUUUUAGUACCGUGAUUGACAACAUAAAACUCAUUAGUGACCAAAUUUUGGUCGAAAUCACCAGAGCAUUUGAAAAUUGGGAAAAGGAUAGUGUAAUUGGAGACAUAUUCUUAAAAUUUGCUCCAUUUUUAAAGCAGUACAAAGACUACUGUAAGAAUAACGAGAAAUCAGGUAAGAUGCUCAAGGAGCUCCUCAGGGAUAAGAAGUUCAACGAAUACGUAAAUCAACAGGAAAAGAAAUGAGGAGAUACUUUUCAGUCGCAUCUAAUUUUACCUAUUCAAAGAAUUCCGAGGUAUGAAAUGCUUCUUGGUGCUGCUAAGAAGCAUACUAAUAAAAACCAGAAGGAUUACAAGCUUUUGUCUGAUGCUUGUGAUCUUGUCCAUGAAAUCUGUGAUGCAAAUAAUAAAGAAAUUGGUCUAUUCCUCGGUCAGAAAAGAAAAAUAGAACUUCAUGAAGUGUAUGGAUCACACAUAAAUUUAAUGCUUCCUCAGAGAAACUUAGUUGAGGAGUUUCCAAAUCUUUACAUGAUUGAUGUAGAGACAGACAAACCUCAGGAGUGUAGUCUGAUCUUAUUUACAGACUGUAUAAUCGUUUUGACUCAUCUUAGGAAGAUCAGACAAGCUGUAUACUUCGGACACACUGUCUUUAAUGAAAACUCUUUUAUUUACUCAAAGAAUGACAUGAAGAAUUACAAAAACCUGUUUAAGAUAGUUGGAAAGACGAAGUGAUUCAUCAUCGGUGCAGCUACAGAAACAGAGCGAGAUAGAGUCGUUGAUGAAGUCAGCAAGUACAUCUUCACUGUUAGGAAAUAAAAUCAAGAAGAGAGCUAGUCUUCUCAAAGUCGUAGAUAAAGUCGAAACUCAUUUAGAUGUAGAAAUUGUAUUAGCAGAAAAACAAGGUGAGAAAUUGGUGUAUGUACUUGAAGGGACCAAGGCUAUUACAAAUAAAGAUGAUGCAAGUAUUUGCAGAAAGAAUGGAGUGUUUCAGUUCAGGCUGUUCAAGAGAUAUUCCAAGGUUGAAGACUUUCAUAAGAAACUUUGAAGUUGUUUUAGUGGGAAAUAUCUUCCUCCAAUUCCACCUAAGAAUAUAAUAAACCAGAGAUCGGAGGUGAUUGAGAGGAGGACUAUCAAUUUCGAGCUUUUCUUCCAGACAAUCAUGCUUCAUGAAAGCUACGUCUCCCAUGAAUUGACUCGAGAUUUCUUUAAGUUAAGUAAAGUUAAUCGGGAAGAACAAAAAACACAGAAAAUGAAGGUUUAUUAUGCUGAUAAAAUAAAAGCUUAUUUAUGUGUUGAUGUUGCAUAUGAGACCGACACUCAGGAUAUCCUAAAUGAUUUUAAUAAGGAAUGGGAUAUCCGAGAUAUCAGCGCCUACAGAGUAUGAUUCGUUAGCGACAAGUAUGGCGAGAAAAUACUUGACCUGCAUGAAUGACCGAUACAGGUCCUUGAAAAUUAUGAAGCUACGAGUAAGACAAGUUCGUUCUUUUCAGGGCUGAUAGGAAAGAGGGUCACUAAAAAGCCACGUGACAACAUUCUCAGAUAUUAUGAAGAUAAAGGGAAGACAGCUUUCUUUGUGCGUAGGGUCAUAUUCUCUCCAGAAGAUUACGAGCUUAACUUUCGAAUGCCCUUCUCCGAGCUCUACAGGAGAUAUUAUCAAUGCCUCUACGAGCUAAAAGUAGAGAGCAUCUGUGGGAAAUCAUAUGAAGAAUAUGUCGAAAUCUGAGGACUAAUCACUUUCCUUAGAUGUAAGAAUAAGGCUGACUGGAAACCAUACGAUAUUGUUCCUUUUAAGGAGAUUUCAUCUGUUAUUCCAAAGGACAUGUUCAAGAAGCAUAAGAAGAAAUGGCAGAAAGAUAUUUAUGCGAAAUGGGACGAAAGCUCAAAGCAAUUCAAAGGCGGAGAGGAAUGUGCAUAUAAUUUCCUUACAGUUAUGACUAAAAUGGAUUUCUACGGGUACAACCUCUUUUGGGUCGAAAAUUAUAAGAAACAGCCUGGGCCAAAGAACAUGUGGUUAGCUGUGAAUUGUUUCGGAUUCAAGCUACUAAACGACAAGAUGACUGAAGAAGUAAUGAAAUGCACCUAUGAAGACUAUUCCUUUGACUAUUACCAAAAUGCAGUCAUUCUGAAGAACAAAACAACUGGGGAGAACAUGAGGCUAACUGUGUCAAUGGUGUAUCCUCUCUAUAUGAUUUUCCAAGAAAUGGAAAAGCUUAGGCAAUAAUUUAUAAACUAAAUUUCUGUGAGGGUU